AUGUUUAAGGAUCAGCUGGCAAAAUUUCUCCUGAAAGAAUGGCAAGAAGAUCACUAUGGUUCCAUUCUAUCAAACAAUACGCUAAUUGUGUCCCAUGGUGGCAACUGUGUCCGGCUCUCUUUUAAUAAGCUUGAUUUGAAGAUGAAUGUUGAAAAUCAAGCUAAUCUCCAGGGUAGUCAUGAGGAAGCAGAUACUCUCAUUGCAUUCCAUGCAUCUGGCACCACUGAAAAUAUAAUCAUUAGAGCCUCUGAUACUGAUGUCCUAAUUAUUCUCAUUGGAAUGCUAGGAAGACAGCUGACAAAUGACAGACCUACAUCAUACAGUCGCAUUAUUAUGGAUUGUGGAUCGGGUAAUAGCCGUCGGUUAAUUGAUGUCAAGCAUUGUCACCGCCCAGAGUCAAAGCAGGACGGAUUAGCUGCAGCCAUUCCAGGUCUUCACGCAUUUACUGGCUCAGACUUCACCACCGCAUUCUACAGAAAAGGUAAAUUGAAGCCACUUGAGGUUCUCGUAAAAGACACAGAAGGAACACUUAUUCAGUUCUUCAGCAAACUGGCUUCUUCUGAAGAUGAACCAGACCAGAGAAAAGCAGAAGAGUUUGUUUGUUCCUUGUAUGGCUUGAAGGGUGAUGUAAAAGAUGUCAAUGAGGCCAGGCUCCUAAAACUGUGUCAGAUGAUGGGUAGACUGGAUCAGGAGAACCCGAUGUCCAAUGUGAAGAAAGUAGACUGCGCACUUCUUCCACCUUGUACGAAGACUGUACAUAAAAAAAUGCAACGGGCACAUUUCAUCAGCAUCCUGUGGGGAAAUGCUGGCUCUGCACAUCCCGGACUUGGUUUGGAUCCUCUGAAUUACGGAUGGAAGGAAAAGAAUGGAUACUAUACUCCUGACUGGUAUUCGGGACAUUCAAUGCCAAAUUAUCUUUUCCAGGAAGAGGAACGAGAGGAGGAUAUUACAGUGAAUCUCCAGAGUGUCCAACCAGAUGUCGCUGAGGAGUUUGAUGAUGAUAAUGAUGAUGACGACGAUUCAUGUUUCAGAAUUUCUUGGAGUGAUGAUUCAGAAAAUGAUAACUCAGAAAGUGAAACGACAAUUAAAAUUAAUAUCAAUUAUCAUGAAGACAUGAAGACUUGAU